GGUUAUCUUGAUUGUGUAUCGGAUAUAAAAAUUAGUAUUUUAUGGGGUUAAGAACCCUAAUUUGUGUCAGGAGAAACGAUGGGAGAAGAAGAUAAGAAGAAAUCACUGACGCAAGCUCAGUUCCUCUCAUGGAAAACUCAAAAGGCGGCUGAAGCUUCGGCCAAGAAAGCUGAAGCAUCAAGGAAACGUGAGGAAGACAUAGCUGCAGGGUUGAUGCAAAUGAACGGUCGAGAACUUUUCAAGCAUGAACCUUGGGUGUUUGAUAACAACUUGUAUUAACUGAUAUUACUAAAAUCUGUUUUUACUGCUGGAUUCAAUACAAAUAUGUAAUAUAUAUACACUAAAGUUGGUGAAGUUUCCUUGCUUUUUAUCUCUUCAA